AAGCCUUCUGGCUCAAGCAGGCCAGCUUUCUUGGUGAACGACAGGUGCAUUCGGCAGUCAUGAAGCUCUAUGCGCACCCAGACAACUACAAGACCAAAAAGGCCUUGAUUGCUGCCGAGUAUGUCGGACUUGAGGUGUCUUGCCCCCAGAACGCGGGUGCAGCCGCGACUGGCAAGAUCCCGGUCCUGGAGACUCCCAAGGGCUGCAUCUUCUCCAGCACCGCCAUCGCGAGGUAUAUCUCCAGAAUCAGCCGACCUGUCGGUCUAUACGGCCAGAACCUGAUCGAGGGCGGAAUGAUCGACUCCUGGCUUGAGUUCAGCACGCAUGAGCUGGAGGUGCCUCUUUGCACUUGGGUCCUUCCGGCGAUGGGCGUCACUGCAGAGGUGCCUGAGGCCACAGCCUGCGCAAAGGACGACGUGGCGAAAGCGAUGACGGUGCUGGACAAGCAUUGCCUCCACAACACCUUCAUGGUCGGCAACAGCAUCACGCUCGCGGACAUUUCGGUUUGCUGCGCAUUGAUCGAUGCCAUGCGCCAUGUUUUUGAUGGCAAGUUCCUCAAGCCCUUCCCGAAUCUCAUGCGCUGGUUCAAGCUUUGUGUGAGCCAGCCGGAAUUCGCAAAGGUCCUGGGGAAGGUGGCUGUUCCCGAGGGCCAGGGUGGCAAGGAGGCCAAGGAGGGCAAGGAGGGCAAGGCCAAGGGUGAGAAGGCGGAGGCGAAGGCGGCGCCCAAGAAGGCUGCUAAGAAGGAGGCUACUCCCAAGAAGGAUGCGGCUCCAAAGGAGAAGGGUGAUAAGAAGAAGGACAAGGGCGCGAAGACCGAGGAGAAAGCGGCUGCUGCGGAGCUCAGUCCGGAAGAGAUUGAGAAGCAGAAGAAGGCCAAGUUGAAGAAGGUUCUCAAGGAGGGCGGCAAGCGAGGUGUGGAGAUCGAAGGUGCGGCUGACAUGGGCGGCCUCCAGUUCUUCUGCACCUCCGUGGAUGAGCCUGAGGGCGACAUUGACCUCCUCACCCAGUGUGUGGAGUCCAUGAAUGCCAAGAGUGAUCCCUCCGAGGAGGAGCGAAAGGGUGGUUCAGGCCACAUCGGAAAGAUGGUCUUCUCCGUGGGGGUUGACCACUUGGCAGUGCUGGCGUACGUCCCGGACGAAAAGCUGAAGGAGCUGAACUGCCAGGAGUGGCUCAAGGCGGUGCUCGAUACCCAGGGCGGUGAGGUCGUCAGCAAGGGGGAGAAGGUUUGCACCGGCAAAGUUAAGACGGAUGCAGACAAGGGCAGGUUUCCGCUGAAGAUCCGCGAGCCAAUGAUCCUUGAGGCCAACAACUUCUUGCGAAAGAAGGGCCUGUUUCCGGAGGACAAUGACGACGACGACGAUGAGAUGGUCUUCGGGGAUGAUGACUUCCCCUCUAUGUAGACACAGAUGCCUCUUUAGGGAGCGGGGGUGCAGAGGUUGGCGGGAACCCUUCA